GUCCUUUGUUGAUUACGGAAUUAUUCGCUUCCAUCGGAAUGUCCCACAAUCACCCACAUGGCCACGGCGGGGCCUGUGCCCACGAAGCGCUCGGAAUCGACGAUGAGCUUGAAAUGGGCAUCCAAUACAGUUUGUACGAGAAAAUCGACAUGAUAAAUGUGGAGUGCCUGAACGAGGAAACGGAAGGAUCCGGUAAGACGGUAUUCAAACCGUACAAUCAGCGGUUGGAUUUCGAUAAGUUUGUCACCAGCGAUGCCGACGAAGAGCUGCUGUUUAAUAUUCCUUUCACCGGGAACGUCAAGCUGAAGGGGAUCAUCGUGGUCGGUGCGAAUGACGAUAGCCAUCCGAAGAAGAUGAGACUGUUUAAAAAUCGGCCAAAGAUGACCUUUGAUGAUGUGGGAGCUCAGGCAGAUCAGGAAUAUGAACUCGAGAUGGACUCCAAUGGCGUCAUUGAAUAUUCAACCAAAGUCGUCACAUUUUCCUCCGUUUAUCAUCUAUCAAUUCACUUUCCAACGAACUAUGGCGAUCCUAAUACCACCGUUUAUUACAUCGGGCUGAAGGGGGAAUUUAGCGAGGCACAUCAUCACGGAGUAACAAUCUGCACCUACGAAUCUAGACCGAACGUGGCGGAUCACAAGACUGACUUGUUCGAUCCGGUUAAUCACCAGAUUCAAUAAGGAUGCUGUUGUCGUCUUCAAACGCU